GUUUAGUCUGUGACUAUGAAAAGUUGUAAAUGGCCGUGUGAGCAUUUUUUAGAAUAAGUAAAUUAUUGAUUAUAUGUGAGAUCUAGUAAAUAAAUACUGUGUAUUAUUUGCUAGUAGUUAAAUAAAACAUUUUGUAUUCAAGUGAAGUAUACUCUAAUGAGCCGUAAAUGUGCUUCAAAAUUUUCGACCUAUAUCACAAGAACUCAUUAAUGGCAAUAAAAGUUUGAACACAUUCGUACACUUUAUGGACAUGUUACAUAAAGUAAUAUUAAACGGUUCUUUACGGAAAUGUCUGUGCACUACAAAUUCAAAAGCGCAUUGGAUUAUGACACCGUUACUUUUGAUGGCUUACAUAUAUCUGUAGGCGAUUUGAAAGCGGCUAUUUCACAGCAGAAACGAAUAGGAAAAACUUCGGAUUUUGAUCUUCAAAUUACUAAUGCUCAGACAAAAGAAGUCUAUGUGGAUGACAACACAUUAAUUCCAAAAAAUACUUCAUUGCUCGUGGCCAGAGUACCACUUGCUCAGCAGCCAAAAAAGCAGUGGGAAGGUGCAAGCAGUAGUCAAUCAAAUCCUCUAAAAGAUGUUACCCUCAAUAAGGGAUUGGCGGACUUGUCUCGCAUGGAGGGUAGUGAACAGGAUAAAAUUAAUGCUAUGAUAUCACAGUCCACAUUUGAUUAUGAUCCAAGCAAUUAUCAAAAAAUCAGAGGGCAGAAUCAACGAGGAGCUGUACCAUCUAAUUAUAUUUGUUACAAGUGUCAGAAACGUGGUCAUUGGAUCAAAGACUGCCCAGCAGCUCUUUCCGGUGAUCCAGUAGAGAUAAGAAGAAGUACAGGUAUUCCCCGUAGUUUUAUGGUGCCAGUUGAUGGGCCUAAGGCACCAGGAGCCAUGAUGACCCCAAGUGGAACUUUUGCUGUGCCAGCAGUGGAUCAUGAGGCAUAUUUAGCAUCAGAGAGUGCUGGAGGAGCUGAUACGCCAACUAAUGCUCCCGUAGCUCCAGAACCAACAAUUCCUGAUGAAUUAAUUUGCAGUCUCUGUAGAGAUCUGCUUACUGAUGCCGUCAUGAUACCAUGCUGUGGAAAUUCCUUUUGUGAUGAAUGCAUAAGAGGAGCAUUGUUGGAAUCUGAAGACCAUGAAUGUCCUGACUGUCGCGAGAAAGAAAUUGCGCCUACUACAUUGAUUCCUAAUAGAUUUUUAAGAAAUUCAGUAUCGUCAUUUCGUAAUCAAACCGGCUACAGCCGACGAGCGCCACACCGACCCUCGGCUGCUCCGCCAGUUAUUGAACCACCUCCAGUUGCACCGGUCCAACCUAUAAAUAUAAACGGCCCGCCCCAACCAGCGCCCCUCAAUAACGAUUCGCGCGUGUCCGGGUGUGGCGGCGAUAAAGAGACGAAGGGAAGCAAGGCCGAGGAGUCGGACGGAUCAGCCGAUGAUAAUAUCACCGUGACCGUGCCACCCGCACACGCGCAUCACUCUACGAACGAACCACACGGGCCUGUCGGGCCUCAGACUUCUCACGGACCCCACGGGUCUCGAGGGUCUCACGGGUCCAGCGGCGCUCACGGGUCUAAAAGGCCCCGCGGUCCCCAAGGGCCUUACGGUUCCCACUCGUCCCGUCCAUCUCACUCGAACCAUCGAUCUCGCUACGGUCCUCCUGUUAAACCACCUGAGAUGGACACGCCGCCGUUACAUAUGCCUCGAAUCGAUGAACAACGAGCGAGCACACCGACAAUAGACGAACGCAGGGAUGUUAUUUCUUCUCAGGUGAUUUAUAAUCGCGGUCCACCGCCGUACUUGCCCGCCGUGCCGCCUCCGUCUCAGCAUUACCCUAACCCUGCGUUCGGUCGUCGCUACCCUCAAGACGCGUACCAGCCACCACCUCCAGGCAUUAAGGACUCCCCCAACGGGCAAGAAGAUCCUCUGGAGGCCUUCAACCGUAUGAUCCGGGAGAAGGAGAUGCGUGCUAAGAGACGUGAGGAGGAACGCCGCCGGGCUCACUCAGGCUCCAGAACCCCGUCCCGCUCCCCGCGUUCCCCCCGCUCGCCACGCUCGCCCCGCCCACCGCGGUCACCCCGCCCCCGACCGCGCAGUCGAGCCACCAGCAGAAUAAGAUACUCGCGAUCGAGGUCUAUAUCCCGUGGUCGUGUGCGGCGAUCGCCCUGGUCUCCGAGAAGACGUCGCACUCGCGAACGGACACUAUCACUGACACGGUCUCCGUCCCCUCGGCGCCGUCACCGCUCCCCCCUCCGUUACCGCAGCCCCCUCCGCUCCCCGGCCCGCUCCCCUCCGCGCUCCCCCCGCACCCCGCUCCGCUCCCCUCACCGCUCGAUGCCGCCACACUCGCCGGUGAGAACGCCGCGACGAUCCGCCGCCAGGUCGCCGCCGAGGACUCACUCGCCUCACAGAUUCGCCGGCGUUUACGAUGAACUGUUGUCGCCACCACGUCGUAGUGUAGAGCCGCCAUUCGGAGCCAGGUACGCCUCUCGAAACAAUAUUCCGCCGCCUGGAUAUCCUCCUAUCACUAGUAAACCAAUGCCUUUAUUGGCAAAUUUAAUCUUACCCAACGAGCCCCCUCCGGGUUAUCGCAGUCGUUACGAUGCGCCACCAUUUGAAGAUAUUCCACCUGGAGUUGAACCGACUGUUCCAGGAUUUGAGCCAUCUCCAUUUGAGAAACCUAUUUUUGGACCAUCAGGUACUAUGGAAAGAGAUAGAUUACCACCAUCUAAUUAUAGAGAUCCCUAUAGAGCACCGUACGUCGAGGGUCCGGCUGGAUAUAGGGAUAACCAAAUGCCACCACUUCAAAGUGAUAUACCAGGUCCCAUAGCGGAGCAUUCCCAACGUUAUAGAGAUAACUUUAGAGCUACAACACACCCAUACCGUGAUCAAGGUCCAGUAUCUUAUAGAGAUGGACAACCAUACAGAGAUACUGGAUCUCAGGCUUCAUUCCGCGAUAAUAACUUUAGAAAUGGGCCACCCUCUCUUUUUAGAGACAACAAUUUUAGAAACAAUCCAUAUAGGGAUCCGAAUUUCCGUGAAAAUGUCCCACAUAAUUUCCGUGAUGGAUCUGCGCCUUUUAGACCGCCUAGCGUGGAUCCCCGAGAGCCAAAUUCUGUGGUGUAUCCUGAUCCUAAUUACAGAGAAGGUUUUCGUGAUGAAAAUAACACUAGUAGGGAUGUGCGACCUGGGUAUCGUGGUAGUGUCCGCAACAGAGGUAGUUCUAGGCGUAAUCCAAAUGACCAUGAAAGACAUCGUGAGAGAGAUGGACGAGAAAGAGAUCGUUUCAAUGAAAAUCGUGAAGCUCCCGAUCGUACAGAAAGACCACGUGAUGUUGAUAAGAGAUCUGGUAAUAGAGAAAACCGUGAAGAACGCUCUAGAGAGUAUGAUAGAAAUCGAGAUUAUGAAAAAGAAAGAGAUCGUGGUCACGAGAAACAAUCCCCAGAUAGAAAACAACGUGUCUCACCCAAACGUAGUCGAGAUACCCGUGAAAGAAAACAAAGUGAAACGAGGGCCCGUUCUCGUGAUCGGGAAAGUAGGAAAGAAAAGAAAGAAGAACGUACACGUGAUAAAUCAUCAGCGGAAAGAAAUAGAGAUCAUAAAGAGAAGGAUAAAAAGGUUAAAGAUAGGAAAAAGAAAAAGAGAGAAAAAGAAAAAGAAGUUGAGAAGAAAAAAAAGCGCGAUAAAAAGGACAAAAAAGAUAAAGAUGGAAUAAAGAAAGAAGAAGAUGAACAGGAAAUAUCGGAUUCUAAACAAGAUGCUAAUGCAGAGCCUAAAGAAAAUACUGAUCAGACUCUUGAGCCCAAAGCAGAAAAUCCUGAAUCAUUAACAAAAACUACCGAGAAUGAUAAUCUUGAAAAAUCUGAUAUUCAAGAAAAAACUAAUAAUGACCUGUACGGUGACGAAGGUACUGAACUACUAGGGAAGGAAGUACAAAUCUAUAACAAAACCGAAGAAAAGGAGGACGUCAAUGAAAACAAGUCUAUUGAGACAUUAAACAAAGAAGAGCCGUUUGACGGUAUUGAACUUCAGGUGCCAGCUGAUGAAUUGGAAGUUGAUAUCGAAGCUACACCUAAAAAUAAUAAUAACAAAGAAAUGUUAGCGCCACUACCCGCUUUAUCAAAAUGGGAAGUUGAAGAUGAUAAUGUUGAAAAGUCUAAGGAACCAGGUGAAAUAACCUCACCAGAAGAAGAAGAAGACGGAGGUAAAGUAACGUCUGAGGUUAUAAAACGUGCUGAAAAUGCAAUUUUUUCCAAAGCCAUUAGUACGUUGCGACCUAUAGAAAUUAAGAAGAUUAGUAGCGAUCGAUUGAAACUGUAUAGCGAUGACACUCAAAUAAAGGGUUCUUUAGAUAACAUACAAAUCACUGUUCCUGUGUUGAAUGAGGAUCAACAACUAGCAGAUCCCAACAAAAAGAAAAGAUAUUCAAAAACACCUCCUCCUCGACUGUCAGUCAAAGAAAGACUCGGGGGAAAAGUUGAAGAGGUUCGAAAAGUAAGAGAACCUCGAGUCGUUCAAAGUACAGUUGAAAGAGUAAAAUCCAGGUCAAAAACACCUAAACAUGAGCAGAUACCUUACCGUCGAGUUACUGUUGAAAGAGAUCGAAAUCGAAAGCCUGAAAUAGUGGCCAGGUUAGACGGAUUAAAGGGUGAAAGAAAAAUUAGUUCUGACGUACAAAAACCCGAGGAAAGUUAUCGUUUCAACAAUGACAAUGAUUAUAAGAAAAGGCAUUACGGAAAAGUUAAAGAUGAAAUGAAGUCUAUAAAUGAUAGACUUGAUACAAACUCACAAAACAUACAAAAAAAUGACAUUACUCAAGAAGUUAAAGUUUUAAAUGAAAGAGAACGUAAAAAAUCUGUCCUAGACGAAGCUCACUUCGAACCCGAUUAUGAUGAAAAUGUUGAAUCUGAUAAUGAAGCAAAAGUUGAGCCUGGGAAGAAACGUGAACAUUCCCGGGAUCCGUUAAUCGCUGGAACUAAUGAACCAAAAAAGGCAAAAUUCGACACUGAAACAAUUAAAUUAGAUCUGACGAACGUCAAAAAGAAACCAGAUUCUGACAGCGAAUCAUCGAGCGAUUCUGAAUAUUCUUAUUCCUCCUCAUCAUCUGACGCUCGCAAGCGUAAAAAGAAAAAAAAGAAAAAUAAAAAGAAAAAGAAACGAGCUGCCAGCGACAGCGACAGCGAGUCGGACUCCAGCUCCGACGAUCAUAAGAAAAAGAAGAAGAAACGUAAACAUAAGAAGAAAUCGAGUAAGAAGAAAAAGAAGUCUAAACAUAAGUAGUUUAUCUGUUUGUAAACAUAAUAAACAUUUUCUUAGUGUUUCCAUGGUUUGCGUUACUCUUACAUUAAUGUUGUAAUGUAAUUUUACCACACUACAUUUAAGUGAGGGGAGUUUUAUUGUUCUAUAUUAUUGCGUAUCCUAGGAAGUAUUUACCUAAUAAAAUACAUGGAUUAAA